CAACUCAGUGUGUGAGAAGGAAUGAACGUAUAUAUACAAUAUCAAUAGAUGUAUAUUACAAUAUAAAAAAAUAAGUGUUCGACUAUAAUCGACGACCGAAAACAAAAGCAAAUGCAAAAAUUUCAAUUCAAUCAAUAAAAUAUGUGUGAGUGUUUAACCAACAGAUUGUAAGAGUGAUUACGAGCAUGCCGAUUCGUGUAAAAUUCAAUCGAAAAAACAAUUUGGUGAAGACAACAUCAAAACAUUCGCACAACACAAAAGAAUCUGAAAACAAAUGAACUGAGUCAGUCUUGCUAUUAAUCAUUUUGGGGCCCGUGCAUAUAUUUGGUGUGUGUGUGCGCUGCAUUGAACUAAAGUGUGUGCUGUUUUUUUUUAUCUGUCUUUCCGAUCGCGAAAAAAGCGUCUUUCAUUUGUAUCCCGUAUAGAAAACAUUUGUUAAUUAUAACAGUCAUUGCCAGCUAUAGAAUAACAGCAAACGUACCCCAGUUCUCUGUCCAAAGUCAUGUUGUGAUUGGCAGCGUUAAGUUUUAAGAAGUGAUUUUAUUCAAGAAAAAUAUUGGUAUUUAUACAAUUUAGAAUAAUAGAAAACAGUACAUAUAGUGGGAUAGACUUUAUCAACAUAUGGUCCAUUAACAUUUCUAUUUCAUAUUUAGCUUCAUUUUUACUGUUCUGUAUAUACGUGCAAAUGAAUAUAUUAACCUGUUCAAAACAUCAACACAAUAUUAGUUCGAUUCAUAUAGAAACUAAUAUUUCUUAACAAUAAUAUUGUUCAGAUUCAUUGAGAAUCAAUAUUUCUCAACAAGUCAGCAUAUUUAAAUUCAUUCAAAGAAUUUAAUUAGUUUUUGCUUCGGUUUUUUAUUACAAAAACAAAAUGAUAACCUCAAAUAGAAGAUUCCAAUUAAUAGCGAUGCUUGUCGUUUGUUUGAUAAUCGCUGUAAGUGCAGAAAAGAAUGAUGAUAAUGAAAAACCGGCAUGGGCAAAGAAAAAAAUCUCAGACUAUUCAGAUGUGGACAUGGAACGAUUGUUGGAUCAAUGGAACGAAGACGAUGAUGAUGGUGAUCCAGAUGAUGAUGUGCCCGAACACUUGCGACCAACACCACAAAUUGACUUAUCCAGUAUAGACACAAGUAAUCCCGAGAAUUUACUGAAAGAAUUGAAAAAAGGCAGAACAGUCAUGACAUUUGUUGCUGUAUCGGAAAAUCCAAGCCGAAUUGAGACAGAAGAAAUCACCAAAGUAUGGCAAACUAGCCUUUGGAAUGCUAAUAUUCAAGCAGAAAAGUAUAUGAUUGAUGAUAAUCGAGCAAUAUUCAUAUUCAAAGAUGGCAGUCAGGCAUGGAAAGCCAAAGACUAUCUCAUUGGUCAAGAGCGAUGCGAAAGCGUAUCGGUGGAAAACAAAGUAUAUCCAGGAAAAGGAAGUCCAAACGGUGGAAAAGAUGAACUUUAAAGAAAUCAUUUUAUAAUCGAUUUAUGGAUAAAUUUUCUGUUAUUUUCAAAUCAACCAAAAAUGAUAAAUUGAAGCCGAAGCUUUUCUCAAUGUAUACUUCGUAUGGUUUUAAAAAUAUAGUAAGACAAAAAAUCAGAAUCUUU